GGAAUGAGUCAGGUUCUGUGAUGCUGCUGCUAGCGCUGCCAUUUCAUCAACAGCAACAUUCAUUUCAUAACAUUUUGCGGCCUUCAAAAACAGGAAACGAAAAAAAGAGAGUAGUGAAAAAACGAACCCUUCGAAUUUAUCACAUUCGAAACGAGUGUGGUUGUAGACAAUAGUGCAGACUUCCGUCUACAAAUAAUAACCGUUUGUGGAGUAAAGCGUGCUGUGGAUUUUUCUCUUAGACCUAGGCCGUUCGAGCCCGUUGUUAUCGUUAUAAACCGUAAUAAAGACAUGACACAUUAGACCCGUCGUUGGAUCUCUCCAGGGGAAUUGUAAACGGUGGUUUAUGUGUUGUUGUAAGACGUUUUUCCGGCGUUUGAUCUACGAAAGAGGAGACGAGCUUCUCGAUACGAUGGAACCUGCAGCAUUCGGGUUCUGAACGCCGCAACAAAACAACACGCUAGACAGUAGUCACCAUGGAGGCGAUAUGGCUGUACCAGUUCCGACUCAUCGUCAUUGGGGACUCGACGGUGGGGAAAUCGUGUUUGAUCCGGCGGUUCACAGAGGGACGCUUCGCCCAGGUGAGCGACCCAACAGUCGGCGUAGAUUUCUUCUCUCGCCUGGUGGAGAUCGAGCCGGGGAGACGGAUCAAGCUACAGAUCUGGGACACCGCGGGACAGGAGCGCUUCAGGUCCAUCACCAGAGCCUACUAUCGUAACUCGGUGGGCGGGCUCCUGCUGUUUGACAUCACAAACCGUCGCUCCUUCCAGAACGUUCAUGAUUGGCUAGAGGAGGCCCGGAGUCACGUCCAACCACACAGCAUCGUGUUCCUGUUGGUCGGACACAAGUGUGACCUGGAGCCUCAGCGUCAGGUGACUCGUCAGGAAGCUGAGAAACUCGCCGGUGCCUACGGGAUGCGUUACGUAGAAACCUCGGCCCGCGACGCCAUCAAUGUGGAGCACGCCUUCACGGAGCUGACCAGGGACAUCUUCCACCUGGUGAGGAGUGGUGACAUCACUAUCCAGGAGGGCUGGGAAGGGGUGAAGAGCGGCUUCGUCCCCAACGUGGUCCACUCCUCCGAGGAGGUCACCAAGAGCGACCGGCGGUGCCUCUGCUGAUCUGGAGGGAUCACUAGAGAGAUCCCUGACUCAAGCCUGGUUUCACCUAGGUCCUCCUGGAUCCAUUUCAGCUCUCUAGUUUAGCAAUUUCCCUCUGCUGAUCUGCAUCAGGAUGGAGGGAUCCUACCCACAACUACACUACAUGGAUAAAAGUACGUGGACACAUCAAAUUAGUGGAUUCUGCCAUUUCAGCCACACCCGUUGAUGACAGGUGUAUAAAAUCAAGCACACUGCCAUG